AUGGGUACUGCAAUGCAGUCUGACCAGCGGCUACGUCGCGAACGGCUGAUCAAAAAAGACCAUCUUCACAGCAACCAGCGCAAAAGUCCCAAGUCUGUUGUACACAAAACAAAAAUGACAGAACAACAUUCCGAAAUCUCAGCCGCUACUGAAGACUGCCUCAAAUCCUUCGAGGAGGCGCUGGAACUGGCAUCAGACUUCAAAACGGACCUGGACAGCAUCACCUGUGCCCAGCUACUGCACCAGAAAAUACGUUUCGAGGAAUGGUUUUCCAAGACGGGAGCCCGAGGUACUGGAAAGAGCUCUCUAGACUCUAAGAUAAGAGCCCAUCCCACGUGUUGCGACGAGCAUCGUAACAAGGUGUUGAGGCUCGUGGGUCUUAUCACGGAGAACCUCGUGCGCUACACGAAGAUCGUUGGGGGGGAGGAGACACCGCGGGAUAAACAUCUGGGAGAAUUUGAACCACCGGAAGGCGCCGAAGUUGAGCAAAUCAUGAAUCUUUGCAACAACGAAAUCACAAGCCUUGUGAAACUCACAGCAUUGUAUAAGGAGUCUUAA